UGUGACAAUCCCUAAACCCUUAAUAUUCACCGAUCGCCUUCAUCACUCUCUCUCUCUCUCUCUCUCCUGUGUGAUUCUUUGGAGUUGUAUAUUUUGAGAAAAUGGCCGCCAAAAGGUUUUCUAAUGAUGCAGAAUCCGACCAAGAUCGGCCAGAUGACAACCGGAAAAGACCUAGACCUUCUUUUGCUUCUGUGAUCGGAGAAGUGGUUUUGGUGAACUCGAUGCAAAACCUUUUCUCAUCCCUGGAGCCUCUGCUUAGGAGAGUGGUGAGUGAAGAGGUUGACCACGUUCUAAGACGGUUCUCACUGCACUCAUUGGCAAGGCAACCAUCGCUGAGAAUCCAAACCCUAGAACAAUCCAGCUUACAACUUGUCUUUGCUAAGAGCCUCUCACUCCCAAUCUUCACUGCAAGCAAGAUAUCCGAUGAAGACAACAACCCAAUUCAAAUCUUGGUUGUGGAUAAAAGUAGUGGAGCUAAUCAAAUGGUGCCAAUCAAUCUUCCCAAUCCAAUCAAAGUCGAAAUUGUUGUUCUCGACGGGGACUUCCCGAAGGGAGACCGCGACAAUUGGACGAGUGAAGAAUUUGAUAACAACGUCUUGAGGGAGAGAACUGGCAAGAGGCCAUUGCUCACUGGCGACUUAAACGUGACGGCGAGAGACGGGUUUGCUACGGUUGGGGAGAUCGAGUUUACAGAUAAUUCGAGCUGGAUUAGGAGCAGAAAGUUUAGGCUUGGAGCAAGAGUAACUCCAGGCACAGGCUAUCAAGGUGCAAGGAUCCAUGAGGCCAUGACUGAUGCUUUCGUUGUUAAAGAUCAUCGCGGAGAAUUGUACAAAAAGCAUCAUCCACCAAUGUUGGAAGAUGAAGUUUGGCGCCUGGAGAAGAUUGGGAAGGAUGGAGCUUUUCACAAGAAGCUAGCCUCAGAGAACAUUCACACAGUACAAGACUUCUUGAAGUUGUUUGUUGUUGACCGGUCAAAACUAAGAAGGAUUUUAGGAGUUGGAAUGUCUGAAAAAAUGUGGGCAGUGACAGUAAAGCACGCCAAAACCUGUGUGAUGGGUAACAAAAUAUUCAUAUUUCGCGGUCCUCAUUUCUCAAUUUCCUUGAAUCCUAUCUGUCAAGUGUUGAGGGCUGUGGUUGAUGGCCAAAAUUUCCCCACUCAAAAUCUCAACAAUAUCAAUAGGACCUACAUUGAGAAUCUGGUGAGGGAAGCCUAUGCAAACUGGAAUUCCUUGGAAGUUGUUGAUGCACCGUUGAAUGAGACUGCUUUAUUGACACAAGGUGAUCAUAUAGAGGAGCAAUAUCCUCACCAUCAUCAUCAGGCAAUGGUCAUGAGAGCAUUCGAUCAACAAAAUGGACAUUUAGGCGCAGCUGAUCAUCAUCAUCAUAAAUCUAUCAAUGUCGGUUACCUACCAAGCACAAGCAGCAUCAACUUUGAGUGCACUGCCGCUACCAAUAGUACCAGUGAUAAUAUUUGGCAGAUAAAUUCAUCUCCAUAUCUAUUCAGUCCACUGGUGGAAAAUAUCAAGUGUAGCAUAUCCGACUCAUCAUCAGAUGGUGAUCUAACAUCUCAAGGCCUUUGAUUAGCUAUCAAAUGGGAGUUCAUGAUGGGCUGACUAGUUUACCUGCAUUUACUUUAGAUUAAUGUAUAUGUAAAUAGUACAAUAACAAAGUCUUAUUCCACUAAGUAAGGUCGGCUGUAUGAAUCCUACAACGUCACUGCGCUCUCUCUAUAUGUAAAUAGUAAAUACCUAUGAAUGUAUUAUCAAAAAAUUAAUAAUAUCAUGAAAAGGUAUGUGUGUCAUUAGAUUGUGCAGAUGGAGCCCAUUGCA